AGAGCGGCCCUGGGCAGACCCCCUCGAGCCCCGCGGGCAUGCUCCGGCUCCUGGCGCUGCUGCUCCCGCUGCUGCCGCCGUCGCCGGUGAGCGCCCCGGAGCCCUCCGCGCUGGACGUGAGCUUGGGAGUGGACUGGCUGACCCGCUAUGGCUAUCUGCCACCACCCCACCCUGCCCAAGCCCAGCUGCAGAGCCCUGCAAAGCUGAGGGAUGCUAUCAAGGUCAUGCAGAGGUUUGCUGGCCUACCUGAGACAGGCAUCCUGGACCGCGUGACGGUGGCCACCAUGCAGAGGCCCCGCUGCUCCCUGCCCGAUGUGCUGGGGGUGGCUGAGCUGGUCAGGCGCCGCCGGCGCCGGCGCCGAUACGCUCUGAGCAACAGCAAGUGGGAGAAGCGAACCCUAACAUGGAGGGUUCGCUCCUUCCCCCAGAACUCAGCACUGACCGCGGAGACAGUGCGGACCCUCAUGCACCAUGCCCUGAGCACCUGGGGCAUUGAGUCAGGCCUCAGAUUCCAGGAGCUGGUUUCUCAGGACCCAACAGAGCCCGACAUCCUCAUCGACUUCGCCCGGGCAUAUCACCAGGACAGUUAUCCCUUCGACGGGCACGGAGGUACCCUCGCCCACGCCUUCUUCCCCGGGGAGCAUCCCAUCUCUGGUGACACUCAUUUUGAUGAUGAGGAGACCUGGACUUACGGCUCAAAAGAUGGCGAGGGGACUGACCUGUUCGCUGUGGCUGUCCAUGAGUUUGGCCACGCCCUGGGCCUGGGCCACUCCUCAGCACCCAACUCCAUUAUGAGGCCCUUCUACCAGGGCCCGGUUGGCGAACCCCACAAGUACCGCCUGUCCCAGGACGACCGCGAAGGCCUGCAGCAGCUCUACGGGAAGGUGCCCGAAACCCCCUACGAUAAGCCCACAAGGAAACCCCUGGCCCCUGCUCCCCCGCCCCCUGCCCUGCCUCCGGACAGCCCCUCUCUUCCCGUCCCCGACCGAUGUGACGGCAAUUUCGACGCCAUUGCUAACAUCCGUGGUGAGAUAUUCUUCUUCAAAGGCCCCUGGUUCUGGCGCCUGCAGCCCUCGGGCCAGCUGGUGUCCCCCCGGCCCGCGCGGCUCCACCGCUUCUGGGAGGGGCUGCCCGCGGAGGUGAAGGUCAUCCAGGCCGCCUACGCCCGGCAUCCCGACGGCCGCAUCCUGCUGUUCAGCGGCCCCCAGUUCUGGGUGUUCCAGGACCGGCAGCUGGAGGGCGCCCCGCGGCCGCUCACCGAGCUGGGGCUGCCGGCGGGAGAGGAGGUGGACGCCGUGUUCUCGUGGCCGCUGAACGGGAAGACCUACCUGACGGGCCGGCGCUACUGGCGCUACGACGAGGCGGCGGCGCGCCCAGACCCCGGCUACCCCCGCGACCUGAGUCUUUGGGAAGGGGCGCCUCACGCCCCGGACGAUGUCAGCGUCAGCAACUCAGGUGACACCUACUUCUUCAAGGGCGCCCACUACUGGCGCUUUCCCAAGGGCAGCGUCAAGGCCGAGCCUGACUCCCCCCAGCCCAUGGGCCCCAAGUGGCUGGACUGCCCGGUCCCCAGCGCCGGUCCACAUGCCCCCAGGCCCCCCAAAGCGACCGUGGAACCCGGGACCUGCGAUUGCUCUUGCGAAAUCAAUGAGGCCUCAGGGAGGCCGUCGCUGUCCUUCCUGCUGUCCCUUCUGGCCCUGCUGGUGGGCGGCAUCGCCUCCCCUUAAGGGGGACGGGUCUCCCACUGCGGGUCUGUGUGUGUGUUUGGGGGGUGGUCCUGAGUCCCUGCGGAGGUGCAUCCUCUCUUCCCAGGUGCGGGACUCUGCGGGAGGCAGCUGGGAGCAUGUGGUUGGAGCUAAGCCUUGGAGACGGGGGAGAAAGAGCUGGCGCUUAGACUGGGCAGAUCAGGUGUACGGCGUCGCCUCCCCUGCCCCACCGGCGCGGUUGCAGGGGUACCAGUGCGCUCUCCUCCCACCGGACGCUCCUCUUCCCGGAAUAGCUGGUGUUUCUUAGAGCGCAGCUGCCGUGGAGGGAAGCCUUAACCACCCGCUCCAGGGCGACAGCGGCUCUCAGGAGCAGCUCUGGGCUGUUCGGGCUUUGGAGGAACGGCCUGACUGGGAAACUGAACCCCUGCCUCUGUCUCCACCGGCUGCUCGGAGUUUCCCAGGAAUGUCCCACUCUGUCCCGCUUCCAAGACACUGGUCAAUGCCACAGGGUUGGAGACCCCAGACCCAGCCCUGAAACUACCCCUGAGCACACGUGGGUGUAUCUUGGGUGAUAUCAGUGGCCACCCAGGCGACCCUCCACAACCUAAGCCCCAUGCACCUGCUUUCUGGUCACCACUCUGUACCCAGUACUGUCCCCGCUCAACAGAACACCCUCCUGGCCCUACAAAUACCCUCCGUGUGCCUCCACACCGGAGUGUCUGCCACUUCCCUCACGGAGAACUCUGGGAUUCUCCUCAGCUCUGUGCGGUGUGGGCUUAGCUCCCCUCAGUCCAGGGCACUGCUUCCGCAGCACUUCUGGGUGAUAAGUGGGUGGGCCACCUCACUCACCCCCGCCACAACUCCCCGCAGAAUUCAGGAUCUAAAUCAGUGCCUCUGGAGCUAUACUUCCGGAAUAUUCUACAUCCGAAUCACCUAGGGAACUUAAAGACGCAG